AUGUCGAGCACAUUUGACGAAUUUCAAGACAACUUAAAGGUAUGCACAACUUCUAUAACUAAUGUCUGUGACGGUGUCAGUUCUCACAAUUCUGACUCAAUAACUGAAGUAAAUAGUGUUUGCCAGCCUUCCGAUGUUAGCCAGACCAACGGACAGAAGCAGUGCAUCGAAAUCGAUCAAAAUAAUAAUACUCUUAUAACACAGGAAUGUGCCUCUCAAACACAAAACGAGAAUUGUGAUCAUUUGUCUGAAGAAUUGAGAGAUGCUCUCAAGAAAAUUGAUCGUCUGUUUGAUUUAACAAACAAUGUUUACAAUUCUAUAAGUAGAUUGAUACAGGAAACCCCGGUUUCCUGUGGAAAUUGCAUGUUAGGAAAGAAUGCGUCUGGUUCAAAUGCCCAGUCGAUUUCUGCUAGGGAUAUCGGCGAAAAUAUGAGGAAGUGUAACGAAUUAUCUACUGAACUCGAAGGUGUGAAGUUAGAUGCCGUAAUAACGGGUCGAGACUCUCCAAUAAUAUAUACCAGAACAGUAAAGCGAUUGAACAAAUUCAUAGUCAAAUGA